AUGUCUAUUGAGCGCGCUUUGAACUUGACCAGCAUCGCGGAGACGAGAUGCCUCUACGAUGACUGGGCCGAAAAUUACAAUCGCGACCUGCUAGGUGCAGACCAAGAUUACGUGGCACCAGUCCUUGCCAGCGAGCAGGUCGUCAAGUAUGUCGGUCCGUCUGCUAUUGCAACGUCAAAAAUUCUAGACGCUGGGUGCGGAACAGGCCUUGUCGGAGUCAAUCUCGCGAAGUUCGGAGCCACGCAGAUAGAUGGCGUAGACCUCAGUCAAGGAAUGCUCAAGGUCGCCGAGAGAUCUGGUGCAUACCGGUCUUUGAGCACGACAGACCUCUCCCAGCCUUUGACGCAGGCCUCUGACUACUACGAUGUCGUUGUCUGCGCUGGUACGAUGACUGAGGGUCAUGUAGGGUCCGAAGCUUUUGACGAGUUUGUUAGAAUUGUUCGCUCUAGCGGAUUCGUUGUCGCAACUGUGUACGAGACUGUGUGGGAGAAGAAUGGCUAUAAGGAAAAAGUUACGUCUCUUGACAAGCUGGGAAAAGUGAAUCUCUUGAGCGCCCAAUUGGAAGACUAUAGACGUGGAGCGCGUGCGGUCAUGGUUAUUCUUCAAGUACGGUGA